GCCAUGUGAAAGAAUUAGCAGUGUCGUGCAUGGCUCGGCUCCCGCCGUGGCGGUGGGUGACGACGACGACGGACGCUUCCCCUUUGUUCCUUCCAGUCGCAUUCGCUAUCGGAUCCACGGCGAGCCUCAUGUUGCCUUGGUGGCCUUCCAGAAGCUAACGCGCGUUUUCACACCAUCAGAUUUACUAAUUAAGCCCUACUAACUAGCAAGAGUCAAGACGAUCUCGGUCCAGUCGCACAGCCCUGCAACGCCCGCACCUGCGGCGCUAGGAAAGAGUCCAGGUCCCAAAAACGGCGGUCGCGGUGAAGUGCCGCUUACUCAGCGGCCAUUUUGCCUCUUUCGCGCCUCGCCAUCCCCGGCUUACAGUGGCUCGGCUUCAUCCGACUUCCAAUCAACGGCACUUUCAGUCGUGAAUUUUGCGAGUCCGGCUCCCGCAAUACCGAACCCUGCUGGCUCGCGACGUCACCGGCGGAUGAAUCAGUGCCGCCACGCACUACGUGUCACUGCCCACGCUGCACGAGGAGUGCCGAGGGCUGGUUCGGGAGCACAGGGCGACUCGUUGACCCUUGCAGCCCCCUCGCGCAUCAUCCACGGGGUUCGGGCCUCGCGUUUACUAACUACUGGAUGAUUGAACUUUCAAUCUGAUUCGGGCCCUGUUCGGUUGUCGCAAGCUAUCCACGGACUCCGGCCGGCCGUGGCCCUGUGGCGACCUGGGCCCUGUCUAUUGCCCUCGGUCGGAGCCUCAAUCCCGACGUCCUCGACAGACAGGACCGUCGAGGACAUUUUAACCCUCUUCAAAUGCCUUCUCAUGCGUGAAAACGCCAUACGUUGACAUGGAGAAGAAGAAGCGUGCCUGCGACGCAUGCUACAAACGAAAGAUCCAAUGCGAUGCGUCAGAGACAGGGGCUCGGUGCGACUGGUGCCUCCACCACAACCUCCCCUGCACGUUUGACCGCGUCCGGGGGCGGAAGAAGCGGCCAAGCGCCGAAGCUGCUGCGCGCCAGAGUCUCGCCAAGCGCCUCGAGCGCGUCGAGGAGGCUCUUGCCCGCACGAAAGCCCUCAAGGAAGGCAGUCGGACGCCAACCGACAGCUCUUCCGGCUCCACACCUCUAGUCCUUGAUGAUCAAACCACUGGACAAGUCGGAAACCGCGCCGCAAAUCACGGUUGCCCUGUGUGCCGCUCCAAAUCUUCAGCCCAGCUCCCUUCGAGGCGCGUCACCAACGCCCCUCUGGGCCAGAUCUACUUUGCAGGACAAAACUUUGGUGCCAUCUGUUCCCGCAAUGGAGUCCCUCACUUCACCGCCACCGGCGAGCAGUGGAUAAAUUCCCGGACGGGCCAAUGGCCGCGCUUCGGGGACAUUUACGGGACCGAUGCCGCUGCUCCUCCGGGGCUCCCCGCGACUGCAUCAACGCUUUCCUCACUGUCGCAUCGUCCUCACCAAGGACAUGAGGCUGAACUUCCCUCCAGGUGGGUGGUGCAGUCUCUGCUGGACGAGUUUCUGGCGUCCGACUUUAGCCUUGUAUUUCCGCUCGUGGACCGCGUGCUGUUUGAGGAGACGGUCAAGCUGGCGUACAGUGGGCAACAGCAGCCUCUUGUCUGUGAGUAUGUCGGCGCCAAGGCAUGUGUGUUUGCAUUUGUAUCCAUGGCUAGCUCCAACUUCCCCGACAUGAAGUCGGCCACUCACGUCGACCCCGAGGCAUGUGCAAAGGAGGCGCAAAUCUUGCUGGCGGAUUUUCUGGAAGAUGCAAGUAUCACAACGCUCCAGACAAUGUUCAUGCUGCUUCUCCACGAAACACUGCACGGCCACUUGCAAGCAGCAAUCAUGUACCAUGCCGUGGCUUGCCGGACGGUGUUCUCAUUGGGAGGCCACACCACCGGCCUGCCCGUGUCCUUUGGUGGAGCACUCACCAUUCUGGAGCGAGAGGACCGUCAUUUGAGGCAUCUGUUCUGGCUGUGUUACUCCUUCGACAAGGACAUUGCCCUUCGGACUGGCCAGCCGCCUAUCAUACAUGACAACUUCUGCGAUCUAUCACUGCCGGAUGAUUACGUUAAAGAUCGCUACGACCGCCACCGCCACGGGGACGACUCCAAGACCCCGUUGUUCCCAAACGAUCUUCGCCUCAGCCUCGUCAAGUCCAAAGCCGUCGACGCCAUCUAUUCUGCCGUGGCGCUCCACAAGUCUGACGCAGAGCUUCUCCGGACGAUACGCGAGCUGGACGACGAACUGGAGCGCUGGCGUGUUUCUAUCCCCGCCGACUUUUCACCAGCGCUGUCGAUGCGGCGUGCUGUGCAGCUCGAGGAUCUUGAUAGGUCAAGGAGCAUGCUCCACAUUGAGUUACAUCUUGACUACCAUUACUUGCUGAACAUUAUCCACGUCGCGAGCGGCCGCUGUGUGUUUGACCGGCAGGGUCGUGAAAAAGACAAGACGUAUGGCGUCGAGUCGAGCUUGGACCUUUCUGUGGAGGCGAGCAGAUCGACGCUCAUCUAUCUGAGCGCCAUGGCGCCUAGGCUCGUUGGCGAGGCAUUUUGGGUCUUCAUCUUCUACCCAGUAUCAGCGCUCAUGACUAUAUUCUUCAACAUUCUUCGCAAUCCGCAGGGCGAAGACGCCAUUCAUGACGUGGAACUACUAAGCACCGCAUCCCAUGUGAUACGGAGCAUGCCGCUACACAAGGAGACGGCGUAUGAGAUGGCGUACCUGCGGCGGAUGGAUCAGUUCGUGGCCGAGUUGAGCAGACUCGCGCAGUGUGCCAUUACCCGCACGCAAGGGGAGCGCAAUGGCUGCCCCAUGUCGCAGUGAGGUGAAUGAUGAUUGCAAGUGCAUGAAUGGAGUUCGUUCGAUGGCUCAUAGACUCUAGAGCGACGUUGGGGGGCUGGCGUUAUACUGUACUCCUUGACCAUAUAUACCUUUUUCCUCUUCACUUCGGCCCGAGAGGCGGGGAGCUUGAGAACCCAACGAUGCGGAUAUACGUCACAUAAAUACCACUCUAUCUUUAGCUAUCCGUCGCCCAGAGCUGUGCUUGGCUCACAGACACGUCGGCCCCGCAUGGUCAACCACCGAGACAGCGCAGCCGGCUAUAUCUCAAUGACCUUUUCCGCAUCAAAGUCAUACGCGUCCUCGCGGCCGUACCCCCUCUGAUUCGCGACGACGCGCGUGCCCGUCACCUCGUCCACGAAGUCGCAGUUGAAGUGCGUGUGGCCAAACGCCCACGCCGCGACGGCCGACCCCGACCCGCCUCCGCCUCCGCCGCGGCUCCGCCAGCACGGCUGCCCCCGCAAGUCCGUCACGAAGGCGGUCUGCACGCCGCGCGGGUCGUCGAGGUGUUCGGGAUUGUUGGCGCGCGGGUCGCUCGUGGGGCUGUGGUGCGUGAGGAUGAGGAUCCGGCGGCGGCGGCGGUUGCGCGGCGGCGACACAGCGUCCUGGACGGUGGGCGCGGUGGUGUUGGUGGCGUUGGAGCUGGUGGUGCUGGUGGUGAUGUCGCUGGUGAUGCUGUUGCUGCUGUUGGUAGUGGCCGAUCCCGAGGCGGCGGCGGCGGCAUCAGUAUCGCAGAGGGCGCGGACUUGCUUGUUGAGCCAGGCGAGGUCCCGCGCGUGACACGCAUUAUGCCCGUCGACGGUCCAAGAGGGGAUGGAAGAAAAGUCGGACACGAAGAGCGAGGCGGUGGAGCGCUGCUCGGGGGUGAUGUGCGAGAAGAGCGUGCACCCGAGGACGGUGACGUCGUCGGAGAUGUCGAACCGCCGGCGGUCCAUGAAGACGAAGCGGCCCAUGGAGGGACGUCUACGCCCCUCCUCAUCCCCAUGUUGCGCAUCACGCGCUGCUGCUGCUGCUGCUGCUGCUGCUGCGCUUUCGCGCCUCUUCUCCUCCAUCGCGUGCUCGAAGCGACGCAUCGCCCGCGCGGCAUCCUCGUAACCACCCCGCACCUCCUCCUCCUCUUCCUCCUGCUGCGGCUCAUCGUCAUCAUCACGACCCCGCGGUAGUAGCUCACGCCCGUACGCCAGGCCACCACCACCGUCGUCGUCGUCGUCGUCGUCGAGCCGAUAGGGUUCAUGGUUGCCGAGCACGUAAAACACGACGUCGAAUUGCUGCAGCUGGGCCUCGAGCCAGGCGUAGAGCCGCGGGUCGCGCGCGUUGCCGAUGUCGCCGAGGAGGGCGAGGUACGGGGCGCGCGGCGGGAUGGCGGCGAAGGCGCCGUACAUGGGUAGGAGGCGGGGGGUCUCGAGGUGUAGGUCUGACAUGACUUGGAUGCGGAUUGUGGGCGUCAUGGCGGCAGCGGUGGUGGUAUGAGGCUGCUCGUCGCUGGUGUGCUGUGAAUAUUUAGGGGCGGCCAUCAUGUUUGUAUACGCUGAGUGUUGUACUGCAGAUGCGUGGUACAGCGAUGGCGAUGGAUGGAUGAGGCGAGGGCUGGGUACGUAUAAGAAUUAAGAGGAGUCGCGGCGGUCGUCUGCUCAGCCUCGGGAGGCCGCCUACUAUCUACCCGGGCCGGUCGAUGUUGGCCAUGGCUGUGCUCUUGCCUUGUUAGCGGAAUAGAGGUUUAUCUACUUGGGCGUUGUGUGGUGGG